AUGGGCUGUUGGAGUUCAUUGUUCUCAACAUUGGCAAGGAGAAGGAGAAGAGUUGGCAAGAUUUGGUCCACUUUGGUUCCAAAUGGUAAGUUUAAAUUUUGGCUGAGUUAUGAUCUCAGCAUUAGCAGUAGACCAUCACCUCGUUUACCUCAGUUGGAAGAGGUUUUAGUUUUAGGCCUGAGUUGCAUUUCUUGCAGUUGUUUGGCGUGA